GAAAACACAUUUCCCAACUCUUGGCUUGUUUCCAUCUAAUACUCUGACAGACCGCUCCAUCGACGGUGGCCGCUCGCAGUGAUCGUCGGCGCUCGUAGUUUCGAUCCGGCGAGCCCCCAUCUGUUUCGGGAGCGCAAAAGCCGCAGGAGACGAUGGAGUUGGUGGCGCCGCCGAUACCGGCCGAGACGUACAAGCUCGGGUUCAUCGGGGCCGGCAAGAUGGCGGAGUCCAUCGCGAGGGGGGUCGUCAGCUCCGGCGUCCUGCCGCCGUCCAGGAUUCGCACCGCCGCGCACACCAACCAGAGCCGACGCGCCGCCUUCGAAUCCUUCGGCGUCCAAGUCCUCCCCGACAAUCAAGCCGUAGUUGAAGACAGUGAUGUGGUCAUCUUCUCAGUGAAACCCCAAGUCGUUAAAGGUGUUGUCUCCCAGUUGAGGCCACUACUAUCAAAAAAGCAGCUUUUGGUCUCAGUAGUUGCCGGAGUAAAAUUGAAGGAUUUGCAGGAUUGGGCUGGCCAUGAUCGAUUUAUCCGUGUGAUGCCAAAUACUCCUGCUGCUGUUGGCGAGGCUGCAUCUGUUAUGAGUCUGGGAGGAGCAGUGAAAGAAGAGGAUGCAGAACUCAUUGCUACUUUAUUCGGAUCUAUAGGCAAGAUUUGGAAAGCUGAUGAAAAAUAUUUUGAUGCAAUUACUGGCCUGAGUGGCAGUGGUCCAGCGUAUAUCUUUCUGGCAAUAGAAGCUCUGGCCGAUGGAGGAGUUGCUGCAGGUCUUCCAAGAGAUCUUGCAUUAGGUCUAGCUUCUCAGACGGUGUUGGGUGCAGCAUCUAUGGCCUCUAAAAUGGGCAAGCAUCCCGGUCAGCUUAAGGAUGAUGUUGCAUCACCCGGGGGGACUACAAUUGCUGGUAUUCAUGAACUGGAAAAGGGUGGAUUUCGGGGGAUUUUGAUGAAUGCAGUCAUUGCUGCUGCUAAGCGUGGCAACGAACUUUCCCCUUCCUAAUUCCGACUUCAACUUUUCAGCCUACAUCGUAUUCAUCAUUUUAGAGAAAAUAGCUCGUAAGUGUGAGGAUGGUUCUCUGAUUUUGACUUGAAUACCAGUUUUAUCUUAGGCUAGGCUUCUCUAAAGGUUUCACUUUUCGGCUGUCGGAAUCUAUUUAGUUCCAUUGCAAUCCUUCUGCUUGGUUUUCGUAUUAAAUGAAGGAAGAUUACUUAUAGGUGCAGCUUGAGGUUCAACUUGCCUGUAGUUUUUAAGUUCCCUUUCUUUCAAGUUCUGUACUAUCAAGAGCUUGUAGAUCCAACGACCUAAUUUUGGGAUCAUAUCUUUUCCCACGUCGGCAGGGAUUUUCUUC